AUGGCUUUUUACACUGCCGCUCUCACAUGCGUGGAGGACGUCACAUCCGAAGUAUCGCCGGAAUCUUUGCAGGCUUUGCUUCUACUCAUAGUAUUUUGUCUUUUCUAUCCGCGAAAGGGUGAUUUGUGGAAGUUGUUGGAUUAUGCUUGUCGUCUAAGCAUUGAACUUGGCUUCCACACGGAGCUUGAUAUGGAAAGCGAGAACGAGGAUCAGAAGAACUUCAGGCGUUCGACGUUCUGGGGCUUGUAUGCCAUAGAAAGAAUCGUUGGCCAAUUAUUAGGAAGAGGCUCCGACUUACCAGAAGCCAUUAUCACUGCACAAUAUCCGAGUCCGAGACCAUCACAGUCUUUGGACGAGUUUGAAACUUCGCAAGCGGUUGCCAUUUCUCACCACUAUAGACUCGUCUAUAUACGGUCGAAAAUAUACCGUGACUUGUAUCUAUCGACCGACAUGCCUAUAUUUCCCGUUGAUUGGUAUCGGGAACAAUUCAGUGGACUUCUCGCUUGGAGACGUGACUUAGAUGUCGAAGACAGUUUGCCUGGUGUUUCAACAAUAACAUGUGACGUUGGGUAUUAUUCUACUAUUUGUUUUCUCUUCCAACCGGUGAUGCUGUCAUUGUUGGAAAGCCUCAAGCAAGACACAAUUAGCAGCAAUGGCCCAGCAUGUCGAUUGCAGUGGAUUCCGCAGGACAACUACUACGCUGCUUGUGAACUAAUCCUUGCCUACGAGCGAGUUAUUCGUUCUCCGCAUGAUUCCGCCUUGAGUGUCUACCCCAUGACAUUUCUCUCUGCACACUACAUCUACCUUGCCGGUCUUACUUUGAUGGCCCAUUGUCUUAUAGCCCUAGAGAGAAGCGUCCCGGUGAUGUCGCCGUUCUCCGACCCACAAGGAGGAAACGAGACCUCGAAGAUUGACUUUAGCCGCAUUUCUGAGAUAUCGGCCUCCUGUCUAAUUUUGCUCACAUGGUGUUCAGACCGCUGGCCCGAAAUGGUCUCCAUGCUGAACGUGUACAAGCGGCUAUCAGAUCGUUUAGUUCCGGCGCUCAUCCGCAGUGGACAUUCCAAUUACAGAAACUACUCAGAAAACGAAACGGCUCGUGAGAUUUUGUUAUUGGUGUCGAGAUACUGCGACGUGAAUCUAAUCUUCAAUAUGGGUUUCUCGGAUAGGAAGAUUGCCGUCAUUGGUGGAGGCUUAGGUGGCAUGGCAUUUAUGAACUCAGCAAGGCAUGCGGGGCUUCAGAAUGUGCACCUUUACGAAGCUGCGCCUGAGUUUACUGAGGUUGGUGCUGGUGUCAAUAUCACUAGAAACGCAAAUCGCGUACUCGAUGCGUUUGGUCUGAAGGACGAUGUGCUAUGGAAGUCGUCAAGGAAUCCUCCAUCCUACAUGGAAUAUUAUCACUACCGAACUGGUGAAUACCUUGGCCAAAUCGAUGAAUUUGGCGAACCAAGAUCACGCCAGAUCCACCGUGCACAUCUUCUUGAAGCACUGCGAAAGAACGUGUCAAAUGAUCUCCUCUCGACAAAAAAGCGGCUAACGGCCAUUGAAUGGGACGAAGGAGUCGCGCAGUAUGUCUUGAAAUUUCAAGAUGGGAGCUCCGAUACAGCCGAUAUUGUCAUCGGCUGCGAUGGGAUCAAGUCUGUCGUACGGAAACAUUUGGGUCUGGAUGACCAUCCGGUAUACUCGGGUCAAAUGGUCUACCGUGGCUACGUAGCGUAUGACGAUCUUUCGCCUGAAACAUCUGCUCUUUUGAGAAAGACCGUCAACUUCCGUGGGCCUCGAAAGCACGUACUGACGUUACCUAUUGGCAAUGAUGAAUCUCAGACUGCGCGGAUUGGGAUUAUUGCAUUUAUGACGGAGCCUCUUGAGGGGUGGACAUCAGAGAGUUGGCUAGAUAAAGCCCCUAUCGACGAUCUAUAUGAGCAUGUCAAGGACUGGACCGGAGCUGUUCAGGAGAUUAUUGCUGGAUUGCGGAAUGGGCAUCCUGAUGGGCGGAUUUUGAAACAGACACUCUACGUACGAGAACCUACUGAUAAAUGGUUUACGACCGAGUCCAGCUCGCCAUCUAGCGGCAUUAUUCUCAUUGGAGAUUCAGUACACUCUACUUUACCCCAUCAAGGCCAAGGCGCUUGCAUGGCUAUCGAAUCUGGCUUUGCUUUAGCUCAAGUGCUCCAGCAAUGGAAAUCAACUAAUCUCGGAGAUGCACUUCAAUUCUUCCAAGAUCUUCGUAAACCACGCACUGAUAGAAUCACCAAGACGAGUUAUGAGACUGGCAAAAUGGCUAGCUGCGAUAUCCCCGAGGAGAAGUGGCCUGAGAUUUUCAAUUAUUCUGCAAUGCGGGAACGUAUGCGAUGGGUGAUGGAAUAUGAUCUUUUCCAGGAUAUUUCCAACAAACACGAAGCGCUAUAUAGACCCAAUAUUACUCUCCAAGCAGAGACAGAUUCUACGGCACAGAAGGUCGUGGUUUAA